UUUGAUAAUAACAAUACAGCUGUAAUGAAAUGUAAUAUUGCAGUAAUCAAGUGAUCAUUACAUCCAAUGAUUACAUAAUUAUUACAAUUAACACAAUGUUAACAAUACUAACAAUUAAAAGAUUCACUCUUCGGCUCAAUUCACUGUCCAUCACAUCAUAUGAUCACAUGAUCUCCAGAUUGUUAAACAGUCAGACAUUGUGUUCAAUAUAUGCCUCACACGUGAAGACACGAGUUUUGAGAGAAGAUUCACAUCAACAGCAAGUGGUCACUCGUUUGGAUCAAUUGAAUGGUCAGCUGAAUGAACACAAACCACAAUCAGUGGUGAGCAGAUUGUGGCCAUUUUGGUCCACAAAUGACCGCAAAUCACAGGUUAAAGGUCUCUAUUUGUAUGGAUCUGUUGGUUGCGGCAAAACAAUGCUUAUGGACCUCUUCUUCGAGAAUUGUUGUGUCUCUCAUCAACACAAACGAAGAGUACAUUUCCAUUCAUUUAUGAUAGACUUUCACACCCGUGUCCAUCGGCUGAAGAGUGAGCACCGGUCGGAGCGAGCGUUCAAUCCAAUAGCAAGCGUUGCCCAAUCAAUAUGUGAUGAGUCGUGGCUCUUGUGUUUGGAUGAGUUUCAGGUGACAGACAUCGGCGACGCAAUGAUACUGAAGCUAUUGUUUGAACAGUUGUUUUCCAAAGGCAUUGUUAUGAUCGCCACUUCCAACCGUCAACCCGAAGGCAUCAACUCAUGAACUCUCUAACCAUCGCAACUGACUUAUCGCACACUUAUCUCUCAAUCUAUUAUUAGAUCUUUACAAGAAUGGUCUCCAAAGAAGUAACUUUUUGCCAUUCAUUCCGCUAUUGAAACAAAACUGUAACGUCUUAUCACUGGAUUCUGGAAUCGAUUAUAGACAGCGAUCAUUGCCUUCUCAACAGCAGACUUAUUUCCUGUAUGUUUAGUAUUACUGUAUAUAACUGUUCAUUAUAUUGAGUAUGUAUUGAAGCACUGAAGAGAAUGCGGACAAACAAUUGGAUCGAUUGUUUAAAAUGAUGGCCAAUCGCGAGAACGACACCAUUAGACCCAAAACACUGACAAUCAAAGAACGAAACGUCACGUUUGCCAACACUUGUGGACGCGUUGUGGACUCGACUUUUGCCGAAUUGUGUGAUCGGCCGUUGGGUGCCAUCGAUUACCUAACGAUGUCUCAACUCUUUCAUACAGUUAUCAUUAGAAAUAUACCACAAAUGUCUUUACUCAACAAAACUCAAUGUCGACGCUUUAUAACAAUGAUUGACACGUUUUAUGAUAAUCGCGUUCGCGUCCUAUUCUCAGCAGAAGUGCCUUCAAACCAACUUUUUCUUACAAACAAACUUCAAGACCACAUCAAUGAUGACAAUCGCAAACUCAUGGAUGAUUUGGGCAUUAAGUUGGAUUCUAACGAUUCAAACGCCAACAUAUUUUCCGGUGAAGAGGAAGUGUUUGCUUUCGAGCGCACGAUAUCUCGUAUCACAGAAAUGUUGACUAAAGACUAUUGGAAUUCACGACAAAUUUACACCUAAUACUAGUCUAAUCUAAUUACUAUUGGGCUUAAAAGAUCUUAAAUUAGUUACGGUACAAAUUUUAGCAAUAAUUUAUAUUAAUUGUUAGUUAUGGUAAAAAUAACUGUU